UACCAACAGCGACGCCAUUGGCCGGCGCCGACGGAAGUGUACUUGACUAAGCGGAAGUAGAGGGUCUCGCCGGCUGGGAAGGUGAGGAGGGGAGCUGUGAGGCGAACCAGCUUCACCUCCCUCACUGGUUCAGCAUGGGGGAGAAGUCAGAAAACUGUGGGGUUCCAGAGGACCUGUUCAGUGGUUUGCGAGUUUCAGAUCCCCAGGAAGCAGAAUGUGCUGGUCCUUCAGUUUCUAAUCCCAAAGAUCACCAGCCCCAGAGCAAGCUGCUCAAGGAGGUGGAGGCCCACCCCCAGGAGGACCAGGGCGAAGAGGAGCACUUUCACGACUGCAGCGCCUCAUUUGAGAAGGAGGAGCCAGGAGUGGACAAGGUUGAGAACAAACCUGAGGAUGAUGUGAAUUCCUCCGAACUCGACGAAGAAUACCUAAUAGAACUGGAAAAAAACAUGCCAGAUGAAGAGAAACAGAAAAGAAGAGAAGAGAGCACUAGACUGAAGGAGGAGGGAAAUGAGCAAUUUAAGAAAGGAGAUUACAUAGAAGCUGAACGUUCUUACAGUCAAGCCCUUCAAAUGUGCCCAUCCUGCUUCCAGAAAGACAGGUCUAUUCUGUUUUCAAAUAGAGCUGCUGCAAGGAUGAAACAGGACAAGAAAGAGAUGGCCAUCAGUGACUGCAGCAAAGCCAUUCAGCUAAACCCCAGUUACAUCAGGGCCCUGCUGAGGAGAGCGGAGCUAUAUGAGAGCACGGACAAGCUCGAUGAAGCCCUGGAAGACUACAAGUCCAUUCUAGAAAAAGACCCAUCAGUGCACCAAGCCAGGGAAGCUUGUAUGAGAUUACCUAAGCAAAUUGAAGAACGAAAUGAAAGACUGAAGGAAGAGAUGUUAGGUAAACUAAAAGAUCUUGGGAACUUGGUUCUCCGACCUUUUGGACUCUCCACAGAAAAUUUCCAGAUCAAACAGGAUUCCUCUACUGGCUCUUACUCCAUCAAUUUUGUUCAAAACCCAAAUAAUAACAGAUAACAGAGAUAACAGUAACUUUUAAAGCUGGCUAGAAAAUUGUGUGCUGCUUGCUGGUAGCAAGGGGAAAGGCCCUGCCAAUGUUUACGUUCUAAAAGCAUCUUAUCUCAAAGGCCAUCCAGUAGAGCCCAGUGCACCCUUCCUUGUGUUUUGUGAUCAGGGUGAAAUGUACGUCCUGAUGUAAUGAACCUAAUCUGAUUUCCAUUUUAAGUUGGUGUCUGUGCAGCUCUUGUCCCUGGUUCUGGCUGUCCUUUGUUUUGUCCAGGAGGAGCCUGUUAAGGCUGACCUCCUAAGCCAUACAAACAUACAAGCCCAGACGCCAGCUCUCCUGGCCCCAGCAAACCUGCUGGUCAGAGACUGCCCAGACAUGACUGAUGGGGGUCCUGCCUACUGCCCUCUCCCAAUCACACACACUGCCCAGGCUGCCAGGCGUGGGCUCCUGAUUUCCUCUGUGGUAAUAAAUGCUUUCUGUGACA